AUGCUCGUGCAUGGCAGGAGGCGCGGCGGGGCUGCAGAUGGUUCUUCAGCGGGGCCGGGGGUCGUGGGGACCCUGGCCGGGGGGUCGAGAGCAAGGCAGAGCCAGGAGGAGGUGCGGGACACGUGGGGACCCAGGCGGGGGGCGUGCAGACGCUGCCACCAAGUGCACGAGGGGCUCAAGGCUUAUCUGAACGGGCCCAGGGCAGGGGAAGACCACGUGCAGGGCGCAGAGCUCGGUGGAGGGACGCGGGAGGCCUGCGGGGGCUUCAGCGGAGGGUGUCGGGAACGCCGCGCUGUCGCCUGCAGGCGGGCCUGGAAUUCCACGCGGGUGCCCUGGACACGGCGCCUCUGCUCUGUCGCCCGCGGGGCCUGGAGAGUCCACCCACAGCGCCCAGGCGCACGCCGGCCCCUCUGCGCCCACCGCGCGCCGCGCCUCGGACCAUGCCGGGUGAGUAGCGCAGUGUUCCUCGGGUUCAGCCUCCCUGUCCCUGCUGGCACGCGCGAGAGGGGUCUGCGCUGGGGAGACCCCUGCUUUGAGCGCACGGUUGUCCCACACCCCGAGCCCAGGCGCCUCCGAUGCUUGGCUGACCAGGCCUUUGUCACGCUGGCCACCAAUGACAUCUACUGCCAGGGCGCCCUGGUCCUGGGGCAGUCACUGAGGAACCACAGGGCAACGAGAAAACUGGCGGUGUUGAUCUCGCCUCAGGUGUCCAGCCGGCUCAGGGUCAUCCUCUCCAAAGUGUUUGAUGAGGUCAUUGAAGUGAAUUUGAUAGACAGUGCCGACUACAUCCACCUGGCCUUUCUAAAGAGACCAGAGCUGGGGGUCACUCUCACGAAGCUUCACUGUUGGACCCUUACUGAUUACAGCAAGUGUGUCUUCCUCGAUGCAGACACCCUGGUGCUGUCCAAUAUCGAUGAGUUGUUCGACAGGAGAGAACUUUCUGCAGCUCCUGAUCCUGGAUGGCCGGAUUGCUUCAACAGUGGGGUGUUUGUCUUCCAGCCCUCUCUGGAAACACAUAGACACUUGCUACAGCACGCCACCGACCACGGCAGCUUUGAUGGGGCCGACCAAGGCUUGUUGAAUAGUUUCUUCAGUGACUGGUCAACGGCGGACAUCCAGAAGCAUUUGCCAUUUACCUACAACCUGAGCAGUAACACCGCGUACACCUACGGCCCCGCCUUCAAGCAAUUUGGUUCUAGUGCAAAGGUAGUCCACUUCUUGGGGUCCACAAAGCCUUGGAACUACAAGUUCAAUCCGCAGACUGGCUCAGUCGUGGAGCAGGGCUCGGCGCUGGGCAAUCAGCAGCAGGUGUCCUUUCUGAAUCUCUGGUGGAAGAUCUUCCAGAGCAGCGUGCUGCCUCUUUAUGAGAGUGUUCAAGCCGAUGAAAAACACGGACCUCCAGUACACACAGUUUGCCUCAGUGGUGUUGAGGUACCGACUGCAGAUUCAGCGCCUAGUGCUGGAGAGACGUGUGAAGACUCAACCCCCAGUGCCCAGGUGCCGUAUGCAAAUUCAGCACUGGGGUCCGACCAGCUCUGGCCUGCUCAGGGCCCUCUGGAGCAGACCAUGAUAGUGGAUGAGACCCUGCCCUCACCUGAAGGAUGCCAUUGGGAAGAUCUGAUAGGUUGCCCUGAAAUUGAAACUUCUGCUGGAGUAAUGAGUGACCCACUGUCCCGGCCCUCACCUCCAUUUGUGGACAUCACGGAGACCCCCACUGCCGCGCCACCAGCGAAUAAAGCCAAAAGUGACCCGACUAAGGAAACGUUGAAUCCACGUCAGGAGCACCCUGUUGAGGUUGUGAGGCACCCUGGUCCUCAGGACACUUUGGAGGUUGACCUGGCCAUCUCUGUUUCCGAGAUUUCCAUUGAGGAAAAGAUUAAGGAACUAAGUCCCGAGGAGGAGCGGAGGAAGUGGGAAGAGGGAAGGAUAGAUUACAUGGGCAGAGACGCGUUUGCCCGCAUCCAGGAGAAACUGGACCGGUUUCUGCAGUAA